ACUACCCAAAACAACAUCUUCCCUCACAACAAACCGAACAAUCUCAAGUGACGAAAUCAAAUCAUGGGCAACCUCAAAUCCCUCGCUCUCUUGGCUUUGCUCUUUUCCCUCUCUCUGGCUGUUUUUGCCGACACAUCCAACGAUGCCGCUACAAAUGCUAAGGAAGAAGUGAAACCUAGUGAAGCGACCGAUGCCAUAGAGCCACAACAACGUGGUUGUAGAUACGGAUGCUGCGGAGCUUUUGCUUAUGGACAGUGCGCCGCUUGCUGCAGCCGACCCCAGGCCGCGGAGGCCGAAACCGAGGCCAAUGAAGUUGUUGUAGAGCCUGAGCAGCGGGGGCGUGGUGGUUGUAGGCACGGAUGUUGCGGAGCCUUCGCUUUCGGACGGUGCAGCGCUUGCUGCAGCAAAGCCCAGGCCGAGGAGGCCGUGAAGGCCGUGAAGACCGAGGCUGUUGAGGAGAACGCUGUUGAGCCUCAGCAGCGGGGGCGUGGUGGUUGUAGGUACGGAUGUUGCGGAGCCUUCGCUUUCGGACGGUGCAGCGCUUGCUGUAGCAAAGCCCAGGCCGAGGAGGCCGUGGAGGCCCUGAAGACCGAGGCUCUUGAGGAGAACACUGUUGAGCCUCAGCAACGGGGUGGUGGUUGUAGGUACGGAUGUUGCGGAUCAUGGCGUUAUGGACGGUGCAGCUAUUGUUGCCGAGGUCCUCAAGCCGAGGCUGAAGUUGUUGAGCCCCAGCAAAUCAGUAGAUGCAGGUACGGUUGCUGCGGAAGCUACGCUUUUGGGCGGUGCAGUGCUUGUUGUUCCAAAAAGAUGGCUACGGAGGUAGAGAAGAAAACGGAAGAAGCUAAGCCAUGAAUUGGCGUGUAACACAAACUCGUGUUUGUAUGCAUGGAAUGCAUGGUAUUACUAUUACGUACGUAUGUCAGAAUAAGAGAAAUGUUGAAAAGCUCUAUGUAGCUCAAUAAAAGAAGUCUUACAACAUGUAUUUUGUCUAGGUGGUAUUUUCUCGUAAGAUUACAGUAAUAAGAACUGUUUAAUAACAA